GUUCGGAUUGCGUCAUCGUUACCGAGCAUCCACUCGUCCACACUUUACCUAAGCUUUGGAGAAUGGUCUUCGAGAAGAAAGCUGCUGCCCUGGUCAUUCUGAACACCUCCCCGGAUAAUAGUGAGCAUUCUCAGGUCUUUCCCGCCAUAAUCCCCGAAAAAGAUGACGUUUUCGGAUUCGACUCGCUGAGGGUGAAAGCGGAGGAUGUCCAUUGCCAUUUCAACUUCAAGGAGACGAAAGUGUCGCUCCUUUCCACAAAGGAACCGAAUUCUGUGAUCAACCUCAAGGUCCUGCAGCUGAUGGGUUGGCCCUGCGGAUCUGAAACUCCCUCUGACAGUCUGCCCCUAAUAACUCUUUUAGACCAUCUCGACCAGAAAGCUUCGCAAUCUACAACCAGUCCUAUUGUCUUCAUCUGCUCGGAUGGAGUAACAGCCUGUGGUGUGGCAGUGGCUUUGUUCAUCGCAAUAACUAGACUGAAGCAUCACGGAGACGUCAAUAUCUACAAAGCAACGCAAGGAAUUCGACUCGACCGUCCGCAGUUUAUCACUUCGAUGAGUCAGUACCUGUUUCUACAUAAAGCCAUGGCAAAAUAUCUCGAAAUGCAGGAACCUCAGGUAACGAGAAAUCAGAAGAAAUGUUGAUUUCGAAUAGUCUUUGAACUGACGUUAUCUUGCGUCUUGGGAGUUGAGCAGGUCAACAAAUUGGUUUAUUCGUUGUUCAUCUGUUCACCGAAACCGUGAAUCAAUGAGUAAGUGAUGGUUAGUUGACUGCAAUGGACAGCAGCAAGGGUGACGAAGACAAUCAUUUACCAUUUUCAAGGCUCUUCAGUCCUGUUUACUAUUUUUUCAUUAUAUGUUACCUCUGGUGCCAAAAGAUUCAAAGAAAUUUGAUGCAACGAAAGAUUCAGUAUAAUGAAGUUGAGAAAUAACUUCAGUUGACUCUCGAGUCCCGUAUCUCCUUGAAAAGCAUUUCUUAAAAGGGAAACGUUGAGACAGGACUAUCCCUAGUUAAAUUUAGUCUCUGGAACAUAUUAUGUAUAAUACGGAUGUCCAGGACACUAAUGGACAUACUUCAAGAAGAAGCAAACCCCAAUACAGAAGUAUGUACUCUGUCUAGAUUAUUCUUGAGAGUCGGUUUUCCUCUCUGUUUGUCUGUCUUGAGUCUUAACUGUUUAUAUAUAUUUGAUAUUAGUUUUGGAUUUUUUCAUCAUUAUUUCUUGCUAAUGCUAAUCAUUUUUUAUGAAUUACUUGAAGCAGUUAUUUAAUCAGGUUAUUUGCUAAAUAUCUGUGAUUAUCGAAGUUUUGUGGCUUUAUAUAUUUUCAGAAAAUGAAUCUAGUCCGGAAGGACCAGAAUUUCUGUUUCCUUGUACGCAC